CUUGGAGGAAGGAUGUAGAAAGAGAUCGCUGUGUUAUAUUUAGGAAAAGAUCAUGGACAGUCGCCUUUCCAGUUGCAAAGAGGUCGUAAGUGAGGAGAGUGAAGAGGAAAGCAAUGGAGUCAACUUGAUGGAGUUCUCAGAUGAGAUCCUUCUGCACAUCCUCAGCUAUGUCCCUUGCACAGACCUGGUCCUCAAUGUCAGGAGAACCUGCAGGAAACUUGCAACACUUUGCCUUGACAAGAGUCUAACACAUACAGUGCUGCUUCAGAAGGACUAUAAGGUGAACAAAGACAAAGUGAAGCAGCUGAUGAGGGACAUUGGGAAGGAGAUCUACCAGCUGAACAUGGCCGGGUGCUACUGGCUGCCCAGCGCCACCAUCGACCACGUAACGCGGUGCAAGAACCUGGUGAAGCUGAACCUGUCGGGGUGCCACGUCACCUCGCUGCGCCUCUCCAAGAUGCUCUCCUCGCUGCAGCACCUGCGCUCCCUGGCCAUCGACGUGAACCCGGGCUUUGAUGCCAGCCAGCUGAGCAGUGAGUGCAAAGCCACCCUCAGCCGCGUCUCGGAGCUGAAGCAAACCCUCUACACACCCUCCUACGGUGUCGUGCCGUGCUGCACCAGCCUUGAGAAACUGCUGCUCUACUUUGAGAUCCUCGACCGCUCGCGGGAGGGGUUCAUGCUCUCUGGGCAGCUGAUGGUGGGCGAGAGCAACGUGCCCCAUUACCAGAACCUCCGCAUCUUCUACGCCAGGCUGGCUCCUGGCUACGUCAAUCAGGAGGUGGUGAGGCUGUACUUGGCAGUGCUGAGUGAUCGGACACCUGAGAACCUCCACGCCUUCCUCAUCUCUGCCCCCGGCAGCUUUGCAGAGACGGGAGCCACCAAAAACCUCCUGGACUCCAUGGCCCGAAAUGUUCGUCUGGAUGCUUUACAACUGCCCAAAGCCUGGAUCAACGGCUCCGGGCUCCUGCAACACUUGAAGUUCAACAACCCUUUCUACUUCAGCUUUAGCCGAUGCACCUUAUCUGGUGGGCACCUGAUCCAGAGGGUCAUUAAUGGUGGCAAGGAUCUUAAAAGCCUGACCAGUCUGAACCUCAGCGGCUGCGUUCACUGCCUGGCCCCGGAGUCCUUGUUUCGGAAAGCAGAAGACGACAUCGACAGCAGCAUUUUGGAAAGCUUGGUAGUGUCUUGCUGCAACCUGAGACAUCUGAACCUCUCUGCAGCUCACCAUCACAGCUCUGAAAGCUUAGGGAACCACCUGUGCCAGCUCCUGUCCAGGCUAAAGCACCUGCUCUCAUUAGCACUACCAGUUUGCUCCAUCACCGAUGUUGGUGCAAGCGUGGAGAAGCCUCCCAGCACACCUAAUCUGGUGCCCCAAACAUUUGGAAGGAAAGUUCGGAUUGGGGUACAGACAUAUCCAAGGAACUUAGGGGACCAGACAAAUCAGAAGAUCGAGUCCUCAGUGUUUUGGGCUCUGAUGGGAAGCCUCAGAUUUUUGGAAACCUUGGAGAUAAUUGGGUCCAGUUUCUCCUCUGCCAUGCCCCGCAACGAGCCAGCGAUUCGGAACUCGCUGCCUCCCUGUGUCCGGGCACAGAGCGUGGGGGACUCAGAGGUGGCUGCCAUUAGCCAAUUGACUUACCUGCAGAGCCUCACCUUAGCACAGCUGCCAAAUAUCCUCACGGGCUCUGGGCUCGUCAACAUCGGGCUGCAGUGCCAGCACCUGCGGACUCUUUCCUUGGCCAACCUGGGCGUGAUGGGCAACGUGGUCUAUAUGUCUGCUCUCAUGGACAUGCUGAAACACUGCAAGUGUUUGAGGGAUCUCAGGCUGGAACAGCCCUACUUCUGUGCGGGCGCGCAGUUCUUCCAGGCACUGAGUCACUGCUCCGCUCUCCAGCGCCUUUGCAUCGUCUCCCGGAGCGGGACUCUGCAGUCUGACGCAGUGAUGUCAUUCAUGGCCAGCUGCCUCGAGGUCAUCAUGUGCCACAUGUUCAUGGGAGAGUCUCUCACCGUUUGCAAAAACCUCCAGCAGUCCAUUGUCCGGAGUUUCCAGGCAGAGCGCCCUGCAUUAAACGUCGUCAUUUUCCCUCUGCUUCACGAGGACUUGACAGAGGUCAUCAGAGAUGUCCCCAUGAGGCACUUGGAUGAAAUUACCUUGUUUAAAAGCAGAGUGGCUGAGGAACCUCCCAAUUUGUGGUGGUGACUGCCACAGCAUGGAAAGGACAAGUCAUUGUGAACCCAUGGAGCAGCUUCUUGUUGGCCUGGAUUUCCCAUCCUUGACCCCUGGCCCCUCGCUGGAUGCUGUACAAUCACUUCAACCAGGUGCAAUUGCAAAAUAAAAAAAGCUGGUUCUUUACAGUGGGGAAACAUCUAUUGGAUAUUGCUUGCAUCUGAAAAAAUCGUGUCUCAAAGGCUUGUGGAAUCUGAUGAGUAUUUCCUUGCGGUUGAUGUGAAUUGUUUCUGUUAUUUUACUGAAGUUAAAGGUAAGAGAAACUGACUUAACAAUGCUCUGUCCCCUGUGUCCCCUGGUGUCUGUCCCAAGGGCCCCUGUGUACGUUGGCAGUGUGCUUUGUGGUUUUGGUGGAAAUCAUUCUUUGCUUCAGUCUGUUUUUGGCAAAGUAGAGAGCCUAGGCCAGCUCAGAGGCACAAAAAUGUGUUGCUCAACUGAAGUGCAUCACAUCUUUUCUAUGUUACAAAUAGGCAUUUGUAGUCACACAUGUGCAGUCACAGAUAUUUGAAGGAUUUUUUUUUUUUUUACUGAGAAGUACCAUAAGGACUCUUUAUUUUUUAAUAACAAAUUAAGGUUAUUAACACCUUGACCAUGGUAUGUUCCUGCUGGUGCUGUUUCCAUUGGUCUGGUGGAAGAAGUUCUCAGCUCUUCUGGAAAUCCUUGUCCUAGGGUAGAUGGUGCCUACAGUGAAUAAGUUGAGGCUCAGAUCUGAUUUAUAUGCAGUCUGUCUUGCAGUGUAGAUGGGAAUGUAGUGUUCCAGUUCUGUCCUUAUAUCCCAUGCCUUGAGCUCAUGCUAAUUUUAGAGAUGUUAUGAAGUAUUUUCACAGUGUGAUUUCAGUCAGCUUCUCUGCUCCACAGAACUUCCUCAGGCAUCAGUAGUGGUCUGGAUCACUUUCAUAUUGCCUUAUUUACUGAGCACUUUUAAAAGCAUCAGACAGCUGUACCAAAAGCCAAGUUACAAGUUCCUGGAGCUGCAAGUCUGGGUGGCAGAAUUUUCCUUGGUAGCACACCAGGUCUGUUUUCUGCAAAGCAGCUGCUGACCAGAGCUGUCUGACUUCACCCAAAUCCCGAAUGUGUUGAGCUCUGCUCUUCUGGGGAGGCCCAGAGUCGUCCAAAGAUGAUGUGCCCAUCUCCUUGUCAGCAUUUCCUACCCAAGAUGCCCUCUCCCAAAUGCUCUUCUGCCCUCCGUGUUCAGAGGAAGCCUGGUCUGAUGGGAUAGACUUGAGAGCAAAAUGCAUCUCCCAGCCUGGGAGGACUUUCUGUCCUUGCUUUCCAAUCAGCCACGUGUGAGCCUGCCUGGAAUUGUGUCCCCCAGGUGUAAAUCUUGAGCCAGGCUGUGACAGCCCCUGUGCUCAGAGAGGUCACAGUGAGGAGCAGGUGAGUGUCAGGCUCUGCUAGCACAGGUCUGUGCCCUGCUCAGACCAGCCCUGCUGGUUUGCUGUCCUUCCCGAGGCCCUCAUCCUUCCCCUGUGAGGGCAGGGAGCCAGCACAGCCUCUGGAGUGCAGCAGGAAUGUGAGGCCAGCUCCCCUGGGAGUGCUGCAGCUGAGCUGGGAGCGCUCCUGAGCGUUGGAGGCUCUGCU